UACCGUUCCCACCAGAUCCGUUGCGGUUAAGUUGCAGUAAGAAACAUGAAGGUGGUCGCUGCAUAUUUGUUGGCUGUCUUGGGAGGCAACGCCGCCCCUUGUGCUGAUGAUAUUAAGGACAUCCUUGGUUCGGUUGGGGCUGAGGCUGACGAUGAUAGGAUAGAACUCUUCAUAUCUGAAGUCAAGGGCAAGGAUAUAACAGAGCUUGUUGCUGCUGGGAGGGAGAAGCUGGCCUCGGUGCCUUGUGGUGGUGGUGGUGGCGGUGUUGCAGUUGCAGCUGCUGCACCUGCCAGUGCUGGAGGUGCUGCUGCUCCAGCUGCAGCUGAGACAAAGAAAGAAGAGAAAGUGGAAGAGAAAGAGGAGUCUGAUGAUGACAUGGGCUUCAGUCUUUUUGACUAAAGGAGCUGUUGCUUUCUCGGAAAUAUUAUUCUCUUCUCAACUCAGGCUUCCACUUAGAUUCUAAAAUUUUGCUCAUUUGUUUUUAUUAUAUAGUUGGUGGAUGAGACAUUUGUUCAACAGUGUUGGAUUUGAUUUUUCAUUCUUCUUUCAUUUCUUGAAUGGAUAUGUUGUUAACUCUUGAAAUCACUUGACAAGCUAAGGAUAUUUGGGUGAUCAUUGGGUCUAUGCUACUGAAAUUUGCACCUAAAUUACUACAGACCAUUAUAUAUCCUGUCAAUAAUUUCUCACGUAUAUU